AUGGAAGCCACUCAGGAAUCCACACAGCCAUGUGCUGAUCCUCGCCGAAUGGGAAUGAAUAACUCUGGCAUCCAAGAUCAAGACUUGGCCGACAUCAUCUGUAUCCUUCAUCCGAACUCACAUGCUGCCCAUGAUGCUGUUGGUGCCACAGGAGAGCUGCGUGCUCAGCAUAUCCUCCAAAGGGACAUACUGGAGCAUGAAUCUUCUCACACAGCUGCACUAGAUUUGGCGUUGAGGCUUUCGUCAAAAGUUCACAGCCUGGCGGUUGGCUUCUGCUUCGGUCGCAAUCGCUCUCGCUGUGAUAUUCUUCUGAGUGUUGAUGAUGAUGCUAAACGAGUGUCGAAUACUCACUUUCGCAUCUAUCUAACCGAAGACGGUAUUCUCAUGCUCCAGGAUACUUCGACAAACGGGACGAUAGUGGACAAUUGCCGCCUGCGAAAAUCUCUGAAAGAUGGGAAUAGUCGAAUGCUGACGAACGGAUCUGUCAUUCAAGUCAUCACCGGAUCUCAAGCCUCCGACGAGGUCCGCUUUGUGGUUCGAAUUCCGUCUCGAGAAGGAUUCGCUGUCCAAUAUCACCAGAACUUAUUUCGCUAUUUCGAACGGGUUCAUGCACAUACUCCAGCGCACAAAGAACGACAGGGCCCGUCUGCCUUGGCGUGGUCGUCCGCCAACGCUUAUGGCAUGCAUUGGACCGGUGGUGCCGAGUACAACGUGACUGGACAGAUUGGAAAGGGUGCUUUUGCUACUGUGUACAAGAUUGCAACAAAGCAACAUGGCGCCAUCUAUGCUGCAAAGGAACUGGACAAGCGCCGCUUUAUGAAAAACGGCAUCCUUGAUCAAAAGGUCGAUAAUGAGAUGAAAAUUAUGAGAGACCUCACACAUCCGAAUAUCGUUCAAUACAUCAAUCACCACGAGCAUGAUCGGUGGAUCUACAUCAUCAUGGAGUACGUUCCAGGCGGUGAGCUGUCGACAUACCUGCAGACCCAGGGAAGAAUUGCAGAGGAGAUGGUGAGAACGAUCGCACGACAAGUGUUACGGGCCCUUCACUAUCUGCACAAACGUCGCAUCACCCAUCGAGACAUCAAACCGGACAACAUCCUGAUUGCCUCUCUGGACCCGCUUAGGAUCAAAUUAUCUGAUUUUGGUUUAUCAAAAGUGGUGGAGCAGGAAACCUUUUUAAAGACUUUUUGUGGAACACUUCUCUACUGUGCACCGGAGGUGUACCCGGAUUAUGAUCAAUACCGCCGUGGGGAGCUCCGAAAGAGGCGUCGUGUUGGAGACCCUCAAUCUGUUGACAUGUGGUCGCUAGGUGCAGUCCUUUUCCAUAUCCUGUCCGGCGUUCCACCAUAUUCAGGGCGUGCAGAAGAUCGAGGUGUCCAGAUGCUUCGCACCAUUAUGACAUGUGAUGCUGAUUUUGACGCCUUGCGGAAGGUAAACGUGUCUGAAUCUGGUAUCGACUUUGUUGCGAAGCUUCUGAAUCGGGACCCCUUCUCGCGUCCGACAGAGAAGGAAUGUUUCCAGCACCCUUGGGUUGCGGAGGUCCCUGAUGUGGAUGAGUAUGAGGAUGAUGAUGACUUGCUUUAUGAUCAUCAAGAUGGGCUUUCAGUAAUUGGCGAGGAUGCCGAGGACGAGCUAGACGCUUCACAAUUGUCCAUCACUGAGGGUCCGGGCUAUGUCCACGAAGCCGACGGCGAAGAAGGUAGCGGCAGUGAGGAAAUCUCCAAACGGCCCCGGACCGAGUACACUCCCACCAAUGUGCGCUAUCCUAGCCUUCCCAACAUCGAGAGCUUCCACGAUGGGCAAGCGGUGGUGGACGAUCAUGCCAAACGUUUGUUUGGCGAAGUUUCUGCCUCAGCCCUGCGGAGCUCCCAUGCACUCGGCAACAUGGAUGCAUACGACGCGAGUAAUUUCAACGUUGACUUUCUCUCUUCCGGUGAGUCGAUGAUGAGCGACGAUCCCAACGACUCGAUUAUUUCCCUUCCGGCGGUACCCUUCGGUGGCACUGCGCCCAGUUUGAUGGGCGCAGAGAAACUCGUUGGGCAGCUCAACAUGAAUUCCUUAAAUCCAACUCUGCAACUAAAGGGUGGCCCGGUUAACAGAUCCUCCUUGCGGCAGAUCACUCCUGGGCACAUCAAAAGCGCGAUACCAGCUAGUACCAUCAACAGGGAUUCCGUUCCGCCAAUUUCGAGUCCCCAGGAAGAACCUGUCUCGAGUCCCCAGGUGCCAACCCCGAAAGCAAAGUUCACGCGUCGAAUAAACCUUGCUCUUGCAAUCCCCGACACAGCCAGCGAGGCAUCUAGCGAUAAUAGUGCCCAAAGCAGCCGCUGCAAUACUGCCGCCGAAACCCCAUCUCGGUCCGCCCAUUCUGAAUACGACCCCGAGUUUGCUACUACACUUGACGCACAGACAGGCCAAGCCAUCUUGGAUCAAGCCCGGGUCGAAGAACCUGACUCGUCAGAACCGAUAGUUCAUCGACCCAAAUCACCCCCUCUUCCCUUCACGCUGUCUGAUCCCGAGUUUGCCAAACCACCAAAGAGAUUUGGAAAACUGAAGAGUCUCCCCGGUUCGAUCUUCGACUUGACAAUCUACCUUGAGGAUAGACUUACCUCGUGGGGUCGAGGACCAUUAGCAACUAUCAAGCAUGCCGACCCCAUGGACACAAGGAUCCCCGCCUAUGCCUUAGAGGUCACAUUCUGGACUCCAGGUAUCGAGGCUAGGAUUGCAGCUGGUGAAAGCUGGCUCGAGAUUCCAGGUGUGAUGGCCAUUCUCUCCACCAAAGCGCGUUCUGGCAUCUGGGUAAACGACACACUGCUGCGCCGUGGCUCUAUGACCGAGGAUGGUCCCGAGGCUUUGCAAUACGGGAAGCUCUACACAGGCGACAUCAUCACUGUGUACCAAAACAAAGAUAGAUCGAAGUUCCUCAAGCUCCAGUGUGAUUUCACUCAUGGCGAGAGUUCCCAGCCUCGGCCCGGACACGAAGCUGGGUUCAUGGUGCGACAGGCUCUCAUGGCCAAGACUAGCCGUGCGGCGAACCGGAUGCCGAUUCGGCCCCAAUCCAAGGAUCGAGAUCAGGUUGAGAUCUAG